AUGCGGUCCGGCUUGGAUAAAGCUGGCGCGCUCCCACUUCUCGCCUUGAUUGUGUUCUCGCUUCUCACACUGGUGCCGUCGAUGUCGAGCAUUUAUAACAUCAAGUUCGCCGACUUUAGCUUUUUCGCCGGUACAUCUCGCCAGGUCCCUCUCAUUCAGGAUGGAUCUGCCGAAAUACACCCGAAAGCACACCCCUUAAACGACCCCACGAAACCAUGGCGUCUAGCAGGCCCCCACCGAUCGCGUGUGAAUCUCCAAUCGCGCACUUCGCGCAUCGGAGGUGCCGCCGCGAUCCCAGCCAGCGAGACGACCGCCGUCGCGAAUAAAAGUCGAAUUCCAUCCAUUGCCCGCGAAUCAUCAUUCUCAUUUACUCGGAGAGCUCGCGCAUUUAGAACCUACUUCAUCCAACAACUAGACGAUUAUCCAUUCCUCGUCCCCUUCUCCAACCGCUCCUUAGCGGCCUCCACAGACGCAUACCCCACCAUCACCCUGGAUGAAUCCACUCUCCCGACUCCCGAUAUAGACCAUACAUCCAUGACAUCCUCAUCUAAUCAUUCCUCCCACGACAUUCAUGAAACAGGACUGCAGUUCCUUGAAUCCUUCCAAACAGUGUGCCAGCAGGCCUGCCACACCGCAAUUGAUUUCGGAAAGCGAUUGGCGCUUUUCGGGGCAGAGUACGCCAAAUCCAUAUUCCUCACGGACGAGCAGAAAGACGUCCAAACUACAUUAAUCCGCCACCCCACGCCCCAUCCCACCCAAGAAGAAGAUCAAUUACUUCAAGUUCCCGCCCCAGCUCAGCAAAAGAUUGGUGCUGAGGAAGCCACCGAUGCUGCUGCUGGCCGGCACUCGCAGGAGCUCCACGGGAGCUGUAUGGCUGUGGUGAUUGGUCUUGUGGCGGGCAUCAUGUGGUUCUAG